UGUGAGGCUGACAACGCCUUUACUGCUCCCCACCUUACCUAGAAUGGCACUGCCUUCGCCCUCGUACUUGACAGCGCACAUGCACUUUUUAGCUCGCGACCCAAAGUACGAACACGAAAAGCCUUACACGCUUCGAUACGUCCCAAGCCCUAACGACGGCAUUCCUCAGAGUAACAUUGACAGAGUCCAACAUGAAGUCAAGUUCCACGACCUGCGCCUUCGGUCCUUGGACUACAACGAGUGUGGCUUCACAGUGACCAACUGUUCGUCCGCCUUGCAGUAUGACGACUACGCCAACACAGAUAUGAUCGAGAAGAUCCACGCUCCCGAAGUCAUGGUUGCGGUGAGACUGGCUCUAGCGGCCUCAUCAGUUGACUUGCUUGACUACGUGGUGCGCCGGCGACAUCCGAACUGGCCAAUUGCAACAGGAAAUUCAUACGCUUUCAACCAGCCUGCUUCAAGGGCGCAUAUCGACCAUACCUACGAAGGUGGCAGGUCCAUUAUUCAAGAAACCUUUGGGGAGAAGGCAGACUCAAUCUUGGGGCGACGCUGGCAAUGUGUCAAGUAAGCCUUAAUCUUGCACUUCUGUUCUCAACACAAC